AUGACAAGUCAUGUUAAAAUACGGUUAGCUUCAGAGAGAGUUAACCAUUCUGUACGUUCUAAUAAUGAGUUACCCCGUUUUUAUACUCCCGGAGAGGUUAUCACGGGCAUGCAAGAUUUUAUGCGUGGUCACGGUACUUACGCAGAAGAUGAUUCCUUAAAAGCUUCAGUGGCUGGUGUAAUGCAAAAAGUCAACAAGUUGAUAUGUAUUAGACCUUUGAAAAGUCGAUAUGUUGGUGAAAUAGGUGAUGUAGUAGUAGGUAGAGUCCUGGAAGUUCAACAGCGUAGAUGGAAAGUAGAAACUAACUCACGUUUAGACUCAGUGCUUCAGUUAUCAUCUGUGAAUCUGCCAGGUGGUGAACUUAGGCGCAGAUCAGUUGAAGAUGAACAGAUGAUGAGAAAACACUUGCAAGAAGGAGAUCUCAUCAGUGCUGAAGUACAGAGUGUGUUUUCAGAUGGCUCCCUGUCUUUGCACACUAGAAGCUUAAAGUAUGGCAAGCUAGGCCAAGGCGCACUCAUCAAAGUAUUUCCAUCAUUGAUCAAGCGUAGGAAAAACCAUUUCCACCAUCUUCCUUGUGGUUUAUCUGUAAUUAUAGGCAAUAAUGGCUACAUUUGGAUUAGUCCUCCUGAACAUAAUAAUCUAACUGAAGGAAGCAGUAAAGAUGAAAUAGAGAAUGGUGAAUCACAGAGUGUGAGUAGAUCAGAUCGAGAAACAAUGGCAAGAGUAAAAAACUGUAUAGCUGCCUUAGUUGCUUCCAAGUUGAUGCUAGAUGACACCAGCAUCAUGUUUGCAUAUGAGGAGAGCUUGAAAUAUGAUGAUGUUAAGGAUCUACUUGACCCAGAGGCCAUGUUAGAUGUUGCAUUCCUCACAGAACAUAGAAUAAAUAAUAUUAUGGAAGAGUGA